AUGGAAGAGGUUCGGGAACUGAUGUAUGAACUGAUCAAAACCAAUUUUUCAUCUGGUGUGAUGGUUGAGCAUUUAGCAAAAAUUUAUAAAGAAAGCUAUGAAAACCGUGGCUUAGGACCAUUGCUUCCUGACAAUUGGUUAGAUCAUAUACGAGUCGCUGAAGAAUUUGAAGUAGUUAACCGUGGUCCAAUGAUGAUGGUAUACACACGUCAGCGUGAUGCACCACCACUUAUCGUGGAAUCUUCUUCAAAUAUAACGAAAGGGAUUUCAUCACCCAAACUGACCGAAACAGUUCGCAUUAGACUUACCGAUCGAGAAUUAGCACAGCAGAUGAAAUCAGUGCUGGCAUUCGAACCAAUUGUCUGUCCAUCGACAGUGAGUGUUAUUGUGAUGAAGUGUGACGAUAACGUGGCAGAUAUUUACGUUCAGUUAGCUGGCACGAAUAAUAACUUUGAAUUGUUGCGGUCAGCAAUGAAUUCACAUUAUGAGGAAAAAUCAUUCGGUGAAUGUGUAGUAGAACCAGAAGUUGGAGGUAUUUACGCAGUUCGGGAAGCAGAUGGUCAUUGGUAUCGAGCAUUAUUGAAGGUUCCAGAAAAAUUCACGCUAUUGGAUGUUGGUCGAGUGAUUCCAGUGAAAAAUGCUGUAAUUCGACGACUUCGUGCGGAAUAUGCACUUCCAAGGAUAUAUCCCAUCUAUGCAUUCAUCGUUACUCUAGACAAAAACUGUAAUAAUUCUUCAUCAUUGUGCAUUUUUCGUACUGCUUGCCAUACACAGCUUCCUCUACCGUUACGAUUCAUAUCAGAAUAUAUUGAAAAUGGUUUAACGAAAUAUUAUGUCCAAAGCUCAAGUAUUUGGAUAAAAGAUCGAAAAAGCGAAGAACAAAAUGUGAUAAAAGUCAUGCCAGUUUCACCACAGUCUUCAAUAUCUUGUGAAGGAGUGAAAUUAGUUGCUAUGGAUCUUAACGAUAUGCCUAAGAAGCGUUUUGCUGUUCAUGUCUUAUCUGUUUUUGACGCUAGUAAUAUUAGUAUACGACAACAGUCAUUGGAUCCGAUACCGGAUUACAUAACAGGUGCAGUUAAGCGAGAUUCGCUGUCGCAGACGUCACCUCCACCUUUUAGCGAACUGGUACCAGGUCUUUUCUAUGCUGCUAAGUUGCAUCCAAAUGCGAAUUGGGAACGUGUGCAGCUUCUUGGACCAAGUACUGUUGAUGCUGAUUGUUUUCGUGUUUAUGCCGUAGAUCUUGGUUUGUUUGGUAUUGCUCGAAAAUCGAAUAUACGUUAUUUAAAAGUUCCUGUUGGUUUGCGGAAAAUUCUAAUGGCAAAAUGCAAGGCAUUUGCAUGUAUUGUGAUCGCAAAUAUUAGGCCGAAAAAUGAUGUUGAGAUAUGGAGUCGUGAAAGUCAAACAUUUAUAUGUAAUCUGCUUUUAAAUGCAAAACUGGUGGAAGUAGAACCAGUGGGUAAUUGGAAAUUAAUUGGAGAUUCAGGAUGUGUGUUGGUACCAUCUGUGAUUGCACAAAUCUUUGCAGAUGGUAAAAAUGUUGGUGAACUGCUUGUUGAACAAGGUUAUGCCAGACGCAUAUGA